CAUGACCGAAGUCGCCCAGUCUCUCGGCGUCGAUGCCUCCGGGCUCCGCGAACGACUCGCACAGCAGCCGGAUGCGCCGCAGAAAGCUUCGUCCGUGGAAACAGCUCAUGAGACUGUGCGAGCAUUGAAUGAGCAGGAGGCCAAGGGCGGAAAGGACGAGAAGGAAAGAAAAACAUAUGGGCGGACACCAGACGGCACGGUCUUCACUGUGCCUCACACCGAGGACAUGGUCUCCCAGCUGUUCGACCCAACGCAACCCAAGAAUGCCUCCGACUUUGCCAUUGUCCUCGCCCUAGGUGGUCAGUUCCUCCUCAUGUACAUCCUACCCCAGUCCUUCCGGAUACCAAUCUUCGCCGUGAUCUUCCUGUUCUGGCGCUGGUGCUACAACUUUGGCAUUGGCUGGUUGCUCCACAAUCAGUCUCACCACAAGCGCCUUGUGAACUGGGCCAAGAAGACAAAGAUAUUCGAGAGCCCUGGGCGCGGCCAGAACCCUCAUCCCACAUUGUACAAAUUCAUCAAGAAAGAAAUGGAAGCGAAGAUCCCCAAGGACUACAAGUUCGAGGAUGCGCCGAUCGAGUACAAUACCUGGCUUCUCUUUCGCCGGGUCGUGGAUUUGAUUCUCAUGUCUGACUUCAUCUCCUUCUGCCUGUUUUCCUAUGCGUGCGGCUGCCGUCCCGAGAACGAACUGUAUGCCAUGACUGCUGCACGGUGGAUCGGAGGUGCCGCCCUGAUCGGCUUCAACUUGUGGGUGAAGCUGGAUGCCCAUCGAGUUGUCAAAGAUUUUGCCUGGUACUGGGGUGACUUCUUCUAUCUUGUCGACCAAGACUUGACGUUUGACGGUGUCUUUGAGCUCGCUCCUCAUCCCAUGUACUCCAUUGGAUACGUCGGAUUCUAUGGCAUCGCCAUGAUGGCUGCGAGCUACAAAGUCCUGUUCAUCUCCAUCAUCGCCCAUGCUGCCCAAUUAACAUUCCUGACCAUUGUUGAGAACCCACACAUCGAAAGGACUUACAACACUCCCGCACCGAUCAAACGAGCAGAAUUCAGCAACACGCCACCAGAGCGUCCGCAGUACACCGCUCGACUGUCGAGCGCUGGUCACGUCAACGGCUACCCACCUCUAGCCUCCAGCGCCAAACCAUCUCCCGUGCACAACCUCGUCGGCUUGCAAAAUGUGGACCUCCACCGAGUGACGGAUGUUUCAGUCAUCAUCCUACAGGCGUGGAUGUACUCCGUCGCGGUUCUCACUCCAGCGAACCGCGGCUGGCAGGCAUUCUUCGUCUUCAACGCCAUCUUCUGGCGACUGUGGUACUCGAUCGGCAUUGGUUUCGUCCUGGACCGGCAGUCGAACCACAAAUGGUGGACCCGCCACUUUGUCAAGUAUGGUGAGAGCACUGAGGAGGCUUGGCGGCAAUGGAAGGGCAUCUACCAUAUCAGUAUGACAAUGUGCUAUGCCAGCUUCAUCUGUGCUGCGUGGAAGAUGUACGGACUUCCAUCUGACUGGAGUUACGGCAUGACCCUCCUGCGCCACGUCGUUGGAAUCGCAUUGAUUUCACUCCAGGCCUGGACAAUCACCAGUAUUUACGAGUCACUGGGAGAAUUUGGCUGGUUCUUCGGCGACUUCUUCUUCACCGACAAAGCGCCUCAGCUUACAUAUGGCGGGAUCUACCGUUUCUUGAAUAACCCGGAGCGGACGAUCGGCCUGGCUGGUGUCUGGGGAGCAGCACUCAUGACCUGGAGCAAGUCGAUCUUCUUCCUAGCACUUCUCAGCCACACCUUGUCCCUCUGUUUCAUUCAACUCGUUGAGAAGCCGCACAUGCAGAGACUCUACCGUCAAGGUCUUCGCCAGACUUCAGGCGUGUCUCGCAAUCUCAAGCGUGCCCUUCCCGGUCCUCUUCACAAGUGGUCGACGAGCGUCGACAACGCUUUGGAUGGCACCCUCGACUCUCUUGAAGACUUCAUCGACGCCGCCGGACCAAGGCUUGCCGCAGGAUUCAACACAUUUGUGCAAGAUUCCACAACUCUGUUCAACCAAUUUCCAGCCCGUGUGAGCAUCACUCGUCUGGCACCGGAUCUCGCCGGUUUUGAUCCAAAAGACUACUCCAUCACCAUCCAAAAUGCUUCAUCAACGACCGCGAAAACCCAUCUCGAAGUCCCUCACGACGGCCGCGAAGGCGAGACAGCCAGCAGACCCCUCGAACGCACAGACAACUUCCAACGCCUUGUAGUCGACUACGGCGCUCCCGUCCAUAUCAAAUGGACCGCCCCUCUCAACCACUCUAAACGCGACUGGAUAGGCCUCUACCGCGUCGGCGACAACGCCUCCCGCGACCUCACCAAGAUCGGCUGUCAAGGCCGCUGGACCGCCACGAACCCCAACUCCUUCGAAGUCUCCAACGCCGAUCGCGGAAUCCUCGUUUCCGACCAGCUCCUCCCCGCAACAACCCGCACCGACGGUGAGACUAAAGACCUCUUAUCUGGAGAAGUCGAAUUCUCCGGCGACAAACUCUGGUGGACCCAAGGCGUCUUCGAAUUCCGCUACCACCACGCCGGCUCUCACAACGUCAUGGCCAUCUCCCUCCCCUUUGAGAUCCGCAUAUUCCGCUUCGACGAAGGAGAGGACAUCCAUCUCGACUCCGUCCAAAGUCCCAUCCGCGAGGUCGUAGAAGAGGCCUUGCUCCCGCUCGUGCAGAACUGUUUUGACCGCGACCAGGAGGUGGCGCCGAGGAGUGCGGAUGAGGUUUUCGGCAAGACGUUGGAACGGGAGGGCAAGUAUGCGAAGCGAGUCGUGUAUGCGGUGCAGGCAAUGUUUGGCAUUGAGUUUGCGCCUGAAGUGGUUGUUGCGGAUGGGUGUGUGAGGAAUUUGGCGUGGAGGAUUUGUAACGCGAAGAAGGUGUUGGCGCCGUAUAGCAUGAAGACAGGGGCGACCACGCCGUUGUGAGAGGAGGAGGUGGGUGGCUUGAGUAUGAGUUUGAAGGAGGUGAUGUUCGAGAACGGGAUCGAAGAUGAAGAU